UGAAGUGAUUCCCGUGAGGUUCAUGAUGGCGGACUGGCACAUCAGCAGCUCUGGUGAUCAUGUCCCGGUGUUAUUCUCGUUCUCUGAGUUCUCACGACCUUCAUCUGUGUCCGUGGCGUCUGGAUAUGAAGUGUUGAUCCAGAAGUUUCUCUCUCUCUAUGGACAUCAGAUCGAUAUUCAGCGCAAGUUCGUCAUUCAGUGUUUCUCGGAGGAAUGGGGUCAGUACAUUGAUUUACCGAAGGGAUUCGUGAUCUCCGAGAGAUGUCGCCUGAGAUUAGUGCCUCUGCAGACGGAUAUGACUCCGCUGGGAAACCUGUCACCAUCCACCACAGUGUUCUUCUGCUGUGACAUGCAGGAGAGAUUCAGACCUGCCAUCAAAUACUUUGGUGACAUCAUCAGUGUGGGACAGAGACUGCUGCAGGGUGCUCGUAUUCUGGGUAUUCCCGUGGUGGUGUCAGAGCAGUAUCCUAAAGGUCUGGGCAGCACAGUACAGGAACUGGAUCUGUCCGGGGCUAAACUGGUUUUCCCCAAAACCAAGUUCUCCAUGGUUCUUCCUGAGGUGGAGGCCGCCCUUGCUGAACUUCCAACGGUCCGCAGUGUUGUGCUCUUCGGUGUCGAGACGCAUGUGUGCAUUCAGCAGACGGCUCUGGAUCUGAUAGGACGAGGAUUUGAAGUGCACGUUGUUGCUGAUGCCACGUCCUCUAGAAGUAUGAUGGACAGAAUGUUUGCGCUGGAGCGUCUGGCCCGCACUGGAACCCUCAUCAGCACCAGUGAAUCUGUCCUCCUGCAGCUGGUGAAUGAUAAAGAACAUCCCAAGUUUAAAGAGAUCCAAAACAUCAUUAAAGUCAGCGCUCCAGAGUCAGGCCUGCUGUCCAAAGUCUGAUCACACGCAUGUUAACAGUCUCACGCACACGUCACUGAUGACCGAAACAUGUGUGUGUGAUGCUUCUGUACAUCACUGAUGGAAAUCCUUCAUUUCAAUGUUUGUGUUUCUCUCCAGCUGGACUUUCAGUUGAUGGAUGUUUGGUUUCUUUGUUCUUUUAUUGUAGUGUAACAUCAGACUGAAAUCACACCCUACACCUACACUAUACGUGCACAUGAUGAAAUAUAAUGAAGCAAGCUUACUCAGAGAUUUAAUAAGACUGAUAACUAAAGGUACAUUUGUGUUUCUUGCCUUGUUUAGACCCACGCUUUGUAUUAUUGUUUAUUGGAAAUCUUGAUUUCAUUUCCUUAUAUUCUUGCCCUCACCGUCGGGUUUAAAGACUUUUGUGUGUUUGUGUUGAUUUGGGCUUGUAGCUUGAUGAUGAUGAUGAUGUUUGUGUGUAUAUGGUCUGUAGAGAUGAACAACAGUCUCUUGACUGUAAUCGAAUGCAGAUCGAUUUUCACAUAACAAAACAUCUCUUUGUGUAAACAUGAUUUCUAUCACAUUUUGUAUCUGAAAUAAAUGUUUAUAUGCAAAUAUUGAAAGUAUAAAGGUGUUUCAUGUAUAUUUUUAUCCAACAUGGUAAAAAGAAAGUAUUGCUUUGAGUAAUAUAAGGAAAUAAACUGGAAGAACUGGUUUCUUGCGACCGUUGACUGA